GACCGCUAAAAAGCGUGCGGCCGCGGUCUAGUGUUCUAGUUUAGUAUAGUUUACUAGUUUAUUAUCUAAAUUUUGUAUUUCUUAGCAUUAUCUAAAAUGCAUUUUUUCUUAGAGUCUUUUGUUGUUGUAGUAUUCUGUUUGGCUGCAUUUUUACUUGCUUUUUUAAUCAUCCUUAACCUAUACCUAAUAAAAAGGAAUGGAUUUUACGUAAGUGUGAACUGUUGGUUCUGCAAUGAAUGGACGAAAGUUGCUUAUGAAGAUAGAAAUCAUUUUGACUGCCCCUCUUGUUUGCAAUACAAUGGAUUUAAGCAGGAUGGUAGUUAUAAUAAAGUUAUUAAGGCACAAUAUGAUACUUCUUCUACUAAGUAUUCCACUCAAAUGGCAGAAACUUAUGAAAACGGGUUAUGUACUUAUUGUAACAACAAUCAACAACUGAAAGUGUAUCAGUUGGCUAAAUUUGUUCCAAUAAAUGAAGAAAACUAUGAUUUGGAAAUCGAACAUUUUCAAAAGCAACUUGAAAAAGCCUACAAACUCUGCAAAAAAUGUGAAAAGGUAUUAAAAACAACAAUUGACCAACAACAUGCUUGGCUAUUUGGAAGUCGCCUUAAAGAUAUAAGAAAAAAGGGAGUGUCCCUUUUAAAGCUAGCAAAGAAAGAAAUUGAAAAUAAAAAUUCCUAUUUUCUCAGGCUAUUAAGGCUAAUCUUAAUUGUUCUUAACAUUAUUAUUUUAUUUCAUAUUUUAAACAUUAGAAUAGUAUAUCCAAAAUUAAAUUGGAACAAAGUUCUGCCCAUUGGAGUGUUCAAUUCUUACAAAAUACUUUUAGUAGACUUUUAUAAUACAAUAUCAAAUAGUUAUAAUGAAUAUAGAUCAGAUUGGGAGAGUUUAAAAAUAUAUAUGCCGAAAGAUGUUAAACUUCAAACUAAUAUUAUGACAUAUACAACAAUUUCUGGAUGUUUCCUGGAUUUGGUGUUAUCAAUUGGACAGAGAAGGACCUUUUGGUGGAAAGCAAAUGGACUGAUUGCUUGGGCUUUAUUGUUUGUCACCUUUUCAUUGAAUUUUAGUGAUUACUUUAUGGUCUACAUUUUUUUAACAAAGUUAUUUGCAUCUCUAACCCUUCUGUGUUAUUAUACUUGGUUUACAUCAAUUGAAUCGACAAACACAAAAGAUUACAAAUUUAAAAAAUUAAUGAAGCCCGAAAAUAAUGCAGAAUCAUCGGAUGAAGAAACAGACGAAGAAAUACCCCGCUCCUUCAAUACUUCUCAAAGACUGAAGAUGACUUCCCCAAAAUCUACAAUAACUUCUCCAACGUCCUAUCGGGCCUACUCGCCAUUAAUUCAACAUGUGACUGCUGCCAAGAGUUUCACUGCCAAGAGUGUAACUUCUACCUCAGAUUUAUACAAUAGCUCUAGUAGUAAUGAGCUUAAUCGUAGCUUAGAUAACUUACACUUAACUAACCUAGGUCAUAAGUAUGAGCGUUGCACCUCCCCUAUAUUUUCUGUUAGUUCUGUUAAUAAGAGACCGAUUUUAUCACCUGCUAAACUCAGAAAUAUCACACAAAACCCAUGGACUGCUGGUGGUUUUUGGAAAAACGAUGCAUGUGUCUUUUCAGCAAAUGUUGGUUCAACGAAUUUAAGCAGAUCUUCAAGUCAGAGUUCUGGAUUUGGAUCUACUCAUGAUAAUUUAAAUAAUCCAUUUAGUUCCUUACCGGUAUCAAGAGAACCUUCUAUCACUAGCGAAGGAGAUAGAGUAUCAAUAUUAUCAGAACCAGCUUAUCAUUUUACACCUAUAAGUCCUCCAAUGACUUUAGGAACCCCGAAACCUUCUGUUCUAUAUUACAAGGCUGAUAACAAUACUUUUUAUCCUGUUUUAAGUCAGGACAAUAUGCUCUUUAUACAAAACGGUAUACCACAACAAAGUUUCUGCAAUUCUUCAUUGAGGAACUUUGACACAAAAAGUGUCACUUCUAAUAGUUUGUUUAGUGAAAAACCUAUUAGUCCUUUAUUUAAAAAUAUACAGGUAUCUGGGAGUUUUAGGAAGCCUAAUUUUUAGAUUGGUUUUGAAAAUGUGUAAAUGAAUAUGUUUUAAAUGUGAUUGCCGUUUGUAGAAGUAAAUAAUAUUAAAAGAAAAUAUAUUUCAAACUCAAAUGCGACCAAGAUGUAAAGAAAGAAUAAUAACUUAAAGUUAGUGGCAUAAAAAUAAUUUCUCCACGGCCACUACUGACAGUAGUUCUUCCGAAACCACUUAUAAUUGAAAGAAAACAUUCUCGUUCUUGAGAUUGAAAGAAAAUUAUGAAACACUUGCCUAUUGUGUAUAUUACACGUAUUUCAUUCUAACUCAAAUGACAGAAUGUUUAUUCUGUAGUAGCUACUGAAUAUCACGCCCGCGUCAUAGAUAGCCAUGAAUUUUAUGAUUGACAGUAUUAUUUAGUUUGAAUUUGCCUGAAUAAAGAUAAGCGGUGUUAAUUGAGUCGAACUUAAAUUCGAAAAUUGGUAAAUAUAACGAUUCUGAUAUAGAAUUUGAUAAUACUGCUCCUGAACGGACGAAUUAUGCAAAUGAUUUGAGCCAAAACUUGCCUAACAUAAGUUAGAUUAAAUAUUUUAUUUUG